AAGCUGAGUAUGUAACAGACUGUAUGCUAGAUUUUUCUUCUGACUUGGUCCUGGUGGCCUCCCAGGAACUUGGUGCUUGGUGGCCAUGGCACAGUUGAUUCUGCUCGUUGUCGCUCUCCUGGUCCUGGGUCAUGUGCCACCAGGAAGCAGUGAAUUCAAACGGUGCUGGAAUGGCCAAGGGGCGUGCCGAACUUAUUGCAUGAGGCAAGAAACCUUCAUGCAUCUGUGUCCCGAUGCCUCCCUGUGCUGCCUCGCCUAUUCGCAAAAGCCUCCCGGUGUCCCCAAGAGCACAGAGAAGUAACUUGCUCUGGCUCUGGCAAACUCACUCCCCAAUAAAGUCCACGCUGCCACCA